GGCAGCGAGAUACCACGGAGAGCAGACAGAGAAUCUUGGGAGACACGAGAGAGAGCAGACCAUCAGGAACGGGUAGCGGGCUGGUCAGGCCGAACAAGAGCAAGGAGAAGAGACGUAAAAGCGGAGUUGAGUGAGAGGUGUCCAUCUCUCCACUCAGCCCCCCGAAAACCACCAUAAACCAACAAGAAGCGGGAAGAGGUCGGGCCCAGACACCGCGACGCCAUCGCUGGAGUGCGCGGGUCAGCACUCGUGGAAGCGGCCCCCCAAAACACUGCUCCAAGCUGCUCCCGCACGCUGGGCCGAGGCACACACCACCCACGGCCUGCUGUGUGAGACGGUCUACAGGAUGGGAACCUGUAAGAAGGUGUAGCCUGCCCAUCGGCUGCCCUUGUGGCCGUCAUAACACUGCCCCAAGCUGCUCCCUACACCACGACCGGCGCCUGCCUCUCCACACCGCGCGACCGCCGCGGCUGCCCCAGAUCACUAUGGCUGCCCCUAACCAAGCGGCCGCCCAUCACCAGGACCGCCCAUCACAUCGUGGACGUCCCCUGCCGAGCCCGACGCUCACGCCAGCUCCUGCCUCUCCUCCUCCAGCAACCAGAGCUAAACAUUAUGAGUAUUCCCCCCAAAUCUCCCUUGUGCAGGUAGCUAGUUAGAUUAGAGGCAUACAGCCUGUCAGUCAUUCGUGGUUUGUUUUAGUACUCCGCUAACCUUUAAAAAUUAAACCAAAUACAUAUUGAUAUAAAACCUUACUGUGAGUGUCAUCAUUUGGAGCCUGUUUUCCUGCUCAUUUGAGAUUACUGAACCCUUACACACGCCCCCCCCAUAGUACAUUAUCACCAUCCAGUUUCUUAAUAUUGUCUCACAAGUGGUUCACACGGAAAUCCUCCCACCUUCCAUAAUUAAUCACACAACAAGUAACGCCCUUUUGGUCACAAACCUCGGAACGAGUGUUCACUUGUCCUGAAGCCUUACCAUCCGGGACCAGCGCUCGGGAAUGUAGACGACUACCACGCUACCACAUACCAUCACAACCAUAGUGGUCGUCAAAAAGGGAUGUAGCGACACCCAUAACACCAGGGUUAACACCAGACAAUAAAGAGAACGCUACAGUAGUAGUACUACUACUACGGAGACUACUAAGAAUGGCCCUAAAAGACGGGUGGAUUGUGAAAAAAUCUCGCCAUCUAUGAAAAUAAGAGUCCAGUCACCACAGCCAUUACAAUGGGAGUGUUCACGGCCCUGCUAACGGUGGGGGAGAGGGGAGGGGGCUUCGACCGCCCAUAGGGUCACUAUAAAAGACGGGUGGAUUGUGAAAAAAUCUCGCCUUCUAUGGAAAUACGAGUCCACUCACCACAGCCAAUACAAUGGGAGUGUUCACGGCCCUGCUAACGGUGGGGAAGGGGCUUCGACCACCCCUUGGGUUACUUAGGUAAAAGAUGGGUGGAUUGUGAAAAAAUCUCGCCUUCUAUAGAAAUACGAGUCCGUCACCACAGCCAAUACAAUGGGAGUGUUCACGGCCGUGCUAACGGUGGGGGAGGGGGCUUCGACCGCCCCUUGGGUCACUAAAAAGACCUCGCCCUCUACCGAUCACCAAGGCGGAGCUUCAAACUAAUCUUGACCGAGCUCACUUCAAGCUUCUUUUCCGCCUGGCUCGUGCCGACCCCGAGCUUCUCUUGAGUUGAUCCUUUUGGAAAGGUUUUGUUAAGUUGAGGUGGAUGGUUGAUCAUCUGCCAUCCUUGUAUACAUCCGUCCACCCAACAUUCCAUCCCCACGCUCCAUCUACCCUUUAACUAUUUGUUGUCCAUCGUUUUCUGCAGAUAAACCACCAGCAUGGCCGCCACCGACACCCUGCCACCAAACCUGUCCAGGUAUGGACUGAUGGGCUGCUGCAAAGAAGGGUUAUCGUGGUCCAUUCUGGCUCUGGAGUCGGUGAGCACAGAGGUGAGGAUCCGCGGCUUCGUGGCCCAGGUGUGCGCCAAGCUGGUGUACCUCAACAACUCCCCCGAGACUCUGCAGGUGCAAGCCGUGUACCCCGUGGACGAGGGCGCCGCUGUGUACCAGUGUGAGGUGUGCAUUGGAGGCCGAACCAUCGUCACUCACUGCAUGGAGAAGAAGAAGGCUGAGAAGGAGUUCGAGAAGGCCGUGGAGGCGGGGUAUCGGGCCGUGAUGACUCGGGAGCAUGACGACACCAGCGACAUCUUCAAGCUGGACCUAGGCAACUUUCCGGCAGAGUCGCGUGCCGAGAUAACUCUCAAGAUGGUGAUGGAGCUGAAAGUGCAGACAGACGGAGGGAUCAGCUUCGUCUUGCCAACUGUGCUCAACCCACGCUACUGCCCCCCCGACCACCCUCUGCGGGAUGCCAGUGUUAACAUCAACUACCACAACCCUCCGCCAUGGUACGCCGAGCACAUUGUGCACGUGCCAAAGCCCUUCAGCAUUGACGUGAAGGCGACGGUGAGCGGCAGUCACAGGAUUGCCCGCAUCAUCUCCAGCACCGACAGCAUCAUCACCACCCUUGCCGACGAUGCCCUCUCUGCCCAGGUGGGCCAGGAUGGAGGCUUCAAGUGUGACCACGACUGGAGUUUCCUGGUCUACUACAACAACCCCUACGCGCCCCACCUUCUGCGGGAGACUGGCGACCGCUCCGCCACGGGCCUCAUGAAGGACGACCUCCUCAUGCUCAACGUCUUCCCGGAGGUCCCGGAGAACACCUACUCAGACAAGAACGAGGUCAUCUUCGUCAUUGAUCGCUCAGGGAGCAUGACGGGCGACAAAAUCAAGUAUGCCAAGACAACGCUGCUCCUGUUUUUGAAGAGUCUACCGGCCGGGUGUCUCUUCAACGUGGUCAGCUUUGGUGAAGACUACUCCCUCCUCUUCCCUAAAGGGAGUCGCACGUACACCGAGAAGACGCUCAAGAUCGCCCUCAACCUCCAGGCCACGAUGGACGCUGACAUGAGUGGCACUGAGAUCCUGAAGCCACUCCAGAGCAUCUACUCCAAGCCUCCAAAAAUUGGCUACUACCGACAGAUCAUCCUGAUCACUGACGGGGAGGUGUGGAACGUUAGUGAGGUGUGUCAACUGGUGCGCCGCCAUGCCCACGAGACGCGGCUCUUCUCCAUCGGGGUGGGACACGGCGCGUCCACGGCCCUGGUGCGCGGGACAGCCAGGGCCGGGCGGGGGCGCUCGGAGAUGGUGGCCGAAGAAAGUCACCUGCAGCAGAAGGUGAUGGGGCUGCUGAGCUCCAUGCUGCAGGAGAGUGUGCAAGAGGUCACCAUCGCGUGUGAGGUGGAGCCACCCACGCAGGUCAAACUGGUGCCCAAGGUGCCGCCCGUCAUCUUCGGCGGCCAGCACCUCAUCCUCUACGCCCGGGUGCCGGCCACGACCCAGGUCAAGAAUGUAACGGUGCGGGGUCAGCUGGGCACCAAGCCUCUGCUCAGCACGGUGGAGGGCCAGCAGGUCACCACAGUGCAUGACGAGGCCAAGUCGCUUCACCGCCUGGCAGCACGGGCCCAGCUUCUACAGUGGGAGCUGGAUGAAGAGGAUGACGUCGCUGAGGACAUGGUCUUACUGAGCACGGCCAGCGGUGUGGUGUGUCAGCGCACAGCACUUGUUGGCAUUGAUCAGGAGUCGGGGCAACCAGUCGGUCAGUCUUCCCCAGACGAGGAAUUGCAAGGGGACGUUUAUUAUGAUGAAUGUCCGAGUUCUGGUUACGAUACAAAGCAUGCUAUCAAGUACCAAACUCGACCAAGUCUUGGUGACCUUGCUCACCAGCUUAAAGGAUCGUUAGCAAAGUUUUUCUCAACACGGCUAAAACACAAAGGCAAGCAUUCAAGUUCACCAGAGUCGGCACCCGUCAGCGAGGCUCCAGACACUGCUGACGGAGGAGAGUGUGAAGGACUGUCAGCGAACAAGUCUGCGUACUCCUGGGAUCAAUCAGCGUUUGGACAUUCCCCGUCCCCUUCACCUGUGAAACAACCUUCAGGCCUCCUAGAGGUGGUCAGGCUGCAGAAGUUUGAUGGGUCAUGGACCCUGAAGGAUGCUGCAAAGCUUACUGGCAUGCCCUUUGAUGUCCUGUCUGCCAGCAACCCUGCCAAGAGCGAGGCAGCCUGGGCCACGGCCUUGGUGCUGGUGCUGCUGGAGAGGAAGUGUGGCCAUCAGAGGGAGCAGUGGGCCCUGCUGGCCACCAAGGCACAGAUCUUCAUCACCGGCUGUGGGGAGCAGGUGGAGGAGCUGCUGGCCAAGGCUCGCGACACCCUCCAGGCCCAGUGAGCGGUGAUGGCAGCAGCGGCAUCUUCUGUGUUGGCAGGCACUGUGAUUAUUGCUUUGUCUGUCGCAGCGUCAGUGUCAUGUGUGUCCAGCAUGAGGUGAGUUGGCUUUUUCUGUAGUGUUGUGUCUCAGUAGCAGGGAGCCAGACUGUCCUAGUGCAUGGACAUAGUUUGGGGUAAUUGAACGUGAAGCUUUGCAGAAAGUAGUGUUAACCCGUUCACUGUGAUGGGCACGGAUUUGGCCUUCACUGGUAGCCUGGUAACAUACACUCCCAGGUCUUUCUCUGCCUCUGUGGUGGAUAGUGGAGUGUUUCCCAUGUGGUAUUGGUAUGCUGGAUAUCCCUUCACUGGUAGCCUGGUAACAUACACUCCCAGGUCUUUCUCUACCUCUGUGGUGGAUAGUGGAGUGUUUCCCAUGUGGUAUUGGUAUGCUGGAUAUCCCUUCACUGGUUGCCUGGUAACAUACACUCCCAAGUCUUUCUCUGCCUCUGUGGUGGAUAGUGGAGUGUUUCCCAUGUGGUAUUGGUAUGCUGGAUAUUCCUUCAUUGGUAGCCUGGUAACAUACACUCCCGGGUCUUUCUCUGCCUCUGUGGUGGAUAGUGGAGUGUUUCCCAUGUGGUAUUGGUAUGCUGGAUAUCCCCUCCCAAGGUGCAUGACUUUACAUUUUUCUUCAUUGAAUUGUAGCAGCCACUUUUUGUUCCACUCCUGUAGCUUGGUGAUGUCUUCUGGUAGGAAAUCUGUAGUCAACGGGUUAAGGAUCAUGAAGCAUGUCACAUAAUAUUACAUGACAUUGUUUACUGAUGGGCCCUUUGUGUAGGUGAUUAGCAGCCCAUAAUGGCACAGUUUUUAAUUUUCAUUACCUGUACCUGUACUGUUAACGAGUAGCCACCACUUGAGGCUACACCUGUUUGUGUGAUGUACUAUUGAAGGUCUCAGGAGUUACUCUUGGUGGUACACUAAGCAUGGAUUCUUGGGAGUUGCCACCCACUGACCACACUAAUGCUUGUUAUCCAUAAAUUAAUAUUGCUCUGAGACAUCACAACAAAAAUGAAUAAAUAAUUGUUACAUGCAGAAUGGUUCACUUUCUAGGCCUGUCUGAACUUGUGGUUUAUUCACCAUCAAAUGUGUUUACUUCCAAGAUUAUGCAGCGCAGACCUAAAGACACUGAGCACAUGACAGAAUGAGCUGCAGUGGACUGUAAGUUGGCGUGGGAAAAAAGUCGCCACCUUGUCUUAAAGUGAAUGGCGAGAGACAGCUGAAGGCCGGUGUCCCGGGCUAGGCAAGGCGAGUGGCCCGCCAUCUUGAACCCGCCCAAAUGAGAGUCGGGAAUAGACCCAGACGCCAGUGGUUAACAAGGGUCAUGCCCUCAGUCAUGAGUGCCUGAACUGAGCAAAGGUAAGGGCGAGACACUCCAGUCCCUACCGCCCCCCGAGACCAGCAGGCUUGUGAUGGGAGUAAACGCCUCCAAAACCCCCCCUUUAGGCACGGCACAACAGCAUAUAGUGUAGCUUUCAGGCCUCCACCAAGCCAAGGAAAUUGUGCCAAACGGGUAAGGGGCACCCGCUGUGUGGACGAGGGGCUAGCAGUGACCUCACCCCCCCUUUAGCUGUAACAGUCUGAUCUUUCCCUCAUACUAAACCCUUUUCUUUCUAUUUUUUAUGAGUGUUUUUAUUUGUGUGUGCACGCCGAUGCAGGAAGUUGAAAUUGGAUUGUCUAGUCAAUCGGGCGGUAGCCCUGUGAUAUAUACCUACAUAUGGUCAUCUCUCUCGUGUGUAGCAUUUAUCCAUAAGAAUGUUAGGAAUUAGAAGAAAGAUUUUCAAUUUUGUAUUAACCAAAACAUGCUACCCUCCCAUCGGGAGUGAGGAUUAAACCAAUAAAUUGUAUUCUGUCUA